GCGAUGCUCGAAAACGUGGGGUUGAAAAACCUUUGACUGAAGCUGCGCCAAUUCCCCAAUUAAACCGCAAAGUUUGCACAAUUCGGCGGUUACCUCGAUGUCUGCACUUAUUUACCAGACCCAUUAACCGAAUUCCGCGCGACGGAGUGUGAAGUUUCGCGAAAAGACUCAUCUGCAAGGGGGUGGUGUUGGUGCGAACGAGACGGCAGCUGGCGAAGGCCGGAGCAAAACAAACGUAACGCUAACCGGCGGCAAAGAAGAAGAAGAGCAGGAGCAGAUAAGCCGAAUACAAUUGAAAAAAAUACAUUAAUAAAUACAAGCACACACACGGAGGCACACCCACAAACACACACUCGCUUCGUUUAAUCAAUUAACGGGACAACGGCCGAAGAAACCGUUACAGUUCGUUUUCAGACGUCGCGUGCGAAGAUUGUGUCACCCAGGCAGCGGGAUAAUAAUAAAAGCGAACUCCUGGAUAUAACCCACCCCAUAGCCACCAUGCCCGCCGUCGAUGAGCUGCAGUCGCCGUCCAGCGAAAUGGUCCUACUGACCCCCAGUUCCGGAAACCCACCCUCCAGCAUAGCGGCCAAUCCGGCGGCCAAUCCCCCCGAGAAAACCCAAGUUCGCGAGGGAUCCGCCGAAUCGGACAGCAGCAGGGUUGUGAUCAAAAAGCAGCUUGGCCUCCUGGAAGGCGUGGCCAUCAUCCUGGGCAUUAUCUUUGGAUCCGGAAUCUUCGUAUCCCCGAAAGGCGUCCUCCUGGAGGUGCAGUCCGUGGGCGCUUCGCUGGUCAUCUGGGUCCUCUGCGGACUGCUGUCCAUGAUAGGUGCCCUAUGCUAUGCGGAACUCGGCACUGCCAUACCCAAAUCCGGCGGGGAUUACGCCUAUAUCUUCGAGGCUUACGGAUCGCUGCCGGCGUUUCUCUAUCUCUGGGAUGCCAUGAUGAUAUUCGUACCCACGACCAAUGCCAUUAUGGGACUGACCUUUGCCUCCUAUGUGCUGGAACCCUUUUUCGGCGGAGCCUGCCACAUUCCCAAGAUAGCCCUGCAGCUGCUGGCGGCCAUCACCAUCUGCUUCCUCACCUACCUGAAUUCAUACUACAUGAAGGUGACCACCAAGAUGCAGAACAUCAUCAUGUUCACCAAAAUCGCUGCCCUGGUCAUGAUCAUCCUGGUGGGCCUGGUCUGGAUGCUAAUGGGCAAUGUGGAGAACUUCACCAGACCCUUCGAUGACACAGAGACUGAUCCCGGCAAGAUGUCGGUGGCCUUUUAUUCCGGCAUCUUUUCGUAUGCGGGCUGGAAUUACUUGAACUUCAUGACGGAGGAACUGCGGGAUCCCUAUCGCAAUCUGCCGCGCGCCAUUUACAUCUCACUGCCACUGGUCACCGGCAUUUAUGUGCUGGCCAAUGUGGCUUAUCUGGCCGUGCUGUCGCCCUCCGAGAUGAUCGCCUCCAAUGCCAUCGCAGUGACCUUCGGCGAUAAGAUUCUCGGCGCCUUUUCAUUGGUCAUACCCAUCAUGGUGGCCAUCUCCGCCUUUGGCGGCCUCUCCGUCCACAUCAUGACCUCCUCCCGCAUUUGCUUUGUGGGCGCCCGCAAUGGACAUAUGCCGGCGAUUUUGUCGCACAUCAGCGUGAAGAGCUACACCCCACUGCCGUCGCUCGUUUUUCUGUGCUUUCUCUCCAUUGUGAUGCUGGUGGUGAGCGACGUGUACGUGCUGAUCACCUACGCCAGCAUUGUGGAAUCGUUCUUUAUAAUGCUGUCGGUGUCAGCGGUUCUGUACUUCCGCUACACACGUCCCUGCAUGGAUAGGCCAAUUAAAGUCGCCUUGUGGAUACCCGCACUAUUUGUCAUCGUGUGCGCCUUUCUAGUCGUCGUGCCCAUCUAUGUGGCGCCCUACGAGGUCGGCAUGGGGGUAUUAAUCACCAUAAUUGGCAUACCCUUCUACUACGUGGGCGUCGUGUGGAAGAAUAAGCCGAAAUGGGUGCAGCGCACGAUUGACUCGCUGACCUUCACUUGCCAGAAGCUCUUCUUGUCCGCCAAAGAGGAGAAGGAGGACUAACUGCCUCCCAAAUCAACCACAAACAAAAAUAAUCGAAAAAUCACUUCGACGAUCUACCAAAGUCAGGAGCAAUUCGGACUUCCAAAUGUCUAUCUAUUAAAUCUCUAUAUAUUUAUGUGAACGCUUGAGGAGAAGAACUUCGACUCGUCAAACCUGAAAACUGAAAAAUACCUAAAAAAGGGGAAAAACAUGACCUGUACAUCACAAGGACUGUAGCACGAAGUCAAUACUGUUUCAUAUUUAUACAUCAUGACAAACUUUUACCUAAAGUGCAAACUCAUCGAAUAGUAGUUUAGUUUUGAUUUAGAGCUUAGCAUUUAUUUUGCACUGAUUAAAUUCUAAACCAAAGCCAGCCAACAACUGUUUGCCAAAGGUGCGAUAUUCAGACUGGAAUUUGCCAUAUUUAAAAGUUUCUUACCAUUUUUUGUUGCAUAUUGUUUAAAAAUUCGGUUAUUAUGUAUAUUGUUUUCGUCCCUCAUUUUACAUUUUACUACCUAAGUGCAUUGCAAAUUGUAAUAAAGAUUUUUGUACGUU